AUGGCGAGCAAGUCUGGUCCGAAAGUUCGGUUGGUUAAAUGCCCCAAGUGCUUAAAGAUUCUUCAGGAAGACGAAGAUGUUCCUGUUUAUCAGUGUGGUGGUUGUUUAACUAUUCUUCAAGCUAAGAGACGGACCAUUGCUCCAAACACUACACCAAGUGCAGGAGAGGCAGAGGGGGCUCAAGCCAGUGAACCAAGAAGUGAGCCUGUAACCAACAAUGUGUCCACCAGCUCAGAGCAGGACACGGUUGUUCCUUCACCCACUGAUCGUUCAACGGAUCAAGUUGAUAAGAAGGCUAAGGAUGGAUCCAUGGUCUCUACUGAGCAGCAGCUUGGUGAAUCUAUUGAAGAGGAGAGGAAUGCAAUACAACUCCAGGAUCACUCACUUGGUGAUUCAGACAAGAACGAAGGAGAAGACAACUCCAGAAGUAGAUUGAAGUCUGAUAUAAAACCCGUGGCAGAAGCUAUUGGACAGGGGACUAGCUCAGGUAGCUUGAAUGCUGAUCAUGUGGUUAUGGAUGCAAAAACGAGUAAUUCAUCCAGUGAUGCUUACCGCAAGCUCGAAGCUGAAAUCUCUGCUGAUGCUUCUUCUCCGGUUGAAGAUGAGCAAAACGAAGAUGACUACUUUUUCAACCGUCACAGGGAGUCAACAGAUGAUCUUCCUGCUGGAAACAAGACUUGUUCUACCUAUGAUGAGAGUGAGUCUUCCUCUGACGAAAGAGAAGACGAAUUUCUCAGUGAAAACGAACAAUGGAAAGCUCUUCAGGAGAUGAGUUCAGGCAAGAUUCAAAUGCAGAGAUACCCUGAAAGUUUCAAGGAGCAAAGUAGAGGUAGUUCCUCAUCCACUACUUUCUCUGAGAAGAGGCCCAACAAUGUGAGUACCACCACAUACAUGGAACGGUAUCAGAACAGGUCUAUGCAACUUGAGGGGCCUGGAGGACGUCUUCGAGGACAAGGGAGGAGACAUGUGACAGAACAACUUCGACCUAGCAUACCUGUCUAUCCGAGAGCGAGAGAACCAUACACACAUGUAAGCCCUUCAUAUCCAUCCCAAGAUGAGUUUGAUUGCUAUUCCCGUGCACACUCACUUCAAAUGCCUCCAUACGCUAGAGACAUGAACUAUCACAACAACACAAGGGCAAGAGGUCGAGGACAAGGGAGUAGGUUCUCAGGAGAGAUGACAAAGGAUAGAAGAAACCAUCCUGGUUGGUAUUCAGGUCAGCUUCAUAGUUCUUACAGUUCAUACCCUGAAAGUCCACAGAGGCCAAUGGAAUAUCCGAGAUGGAGCCACGAGAUAGUCUCUGAUGCGGAGGAUCAUCAGCGUAAUAGACAUGCCGGCCACCACCACCAUGACUUACAGGCACGUCGUUUAAAAGAGAGACAACGUGUGGCCAAGCGUCAUAUCCGUCCAACAGCCGGUGGGGCCCCUUUUGUUAGCUGUUACAGUUGCUCACAAAACCUACAGCUUCCUGUGGACUUUCUCAUCUUCAAGAAGAAGUAUCAUCUUAUUAGAUGCGGGAGAUGCACCACUGUUCUUAGAUUCUCUCUUCAAUCCAGAACUCAUUUAGUUCCUGCAGUAAAACGUGACAUAAAAGCUAACAGGAGUAGCAAUUCAGCACUAGAGUCUCUCAGAGUCAAAGCUCCUUCCAAACAACCAGAAAAGCCUAGCUCCUCUGCUCAAGAAGAAGAGAUACCUGUAGCUAGAGGCUCUCCCCUUCAUCGGCUAAUGGGAUAUUCUACUGUAAGCCAAGUCUUUAAAGCCUCCCAGCGUCCUCCUUCUCUGUAG